AUGAGUAGCAUCGGAUAUGACCCCUACUACUCCACCUCGUCAUACAGACGCUGGUAUGUCGAGGCUCCCCCUCGUGUGGUAACCAGAGGGAGGACCCACUCCGUCUACUCCUCCCAUGCAUCCCCACUGUCCUCCUCCCGUCUGCAUUACUCCUCUCCCGGCCGGGCGCUGUUCUCCUCCUCCUCACCAGCCACCUCUCUGGAGCUGGAGCUCAGCCAGGCAGCCCAGAUCAGCUCUGAUUUCCGCACCAUACGCACCCAAGAGCGCUCCCAGCUGCAGGACCUCAAUGACCGCUUUGCUGGCUUCAUAGAGAGAGUGCGUGACCUAGAGCAGCAGAACCGUGCCCUGGAGGCAGAGCUACUGCUGCUGAGGCAGAGGCACACUGAGCCAUCCCGCCUAAAAGCCCUGUAUGAGCAAGAGGCCCGCUCUCUGAGAGCUGCUGUGGAUGAGGCCAGAGCUGAACAACAGGCUAUACUGGGACAGAGAGAGAGGUUGGAACAAACCCUGAGUGCCUUGCAGGGUCGGUAUGAGGAGGAAGUGCUGGCUCGUGAGGAGGCUGAGAGCAGGCUGAUGGAGGCCCGUCGUGAAGCUGACCAGGCCGCUUUAGGUAAGGCCGAACUAGAGAAGAGUGUAGAAACCCUGCUUGAGGAGCUGGCCUUCCUCAAGAGGAUUCAUGAGGGCGAAGUGACCGAGCUUCAGGCCCAAGUCCAGCUGGGUGUCCAGGUGGCCGUAGAGUCUGAGGCUGCCACUCCUGACCUCUCUGGGGCUCUCAGGGACAUCCGGUCCCAGUAUGAAAGGCUGGCAGCGAGGAACAUGCAGGCAGCUGAAGAGUGGUUCAGAGGGAAAGUGGGGUCCAUGACUGAAACCGUGGCCCAGCACAGCGACGUUGUGAGGAGCUCAAAGGACGAAGCAGGAGAGUACCGACGCCAGCUCCAGACCCGCCUGCUGGAGAUUGAUGCAUGCAAAGGCCUCAAUGACUCCCUGGAGAAACAGCUGCAUGAGAUGGAGGAGAAGCAGAGUGCAGAGAUAGCUGCUAUGCAGGACACCAUUGCAGAUUUGGAGAGUGAGCUGAGGGGCACCAAACAGGAAAUGGCACGCUACCUGAAGGAGUACCAGGACCUUCUGAAUGUCAAGAUGGCUCUGGAUAUCGAGAUUGCUGCAUACAGGAAGCUCUUGGAAGGGGAGGAGUCUCGCUUCAGUGCAGGAGUGGGUGGGGGAGUAUCCUCUCUAUACAGCCACAGUUUUUCAGCGCCCUCUUACGCCCGGCCCUUCCUCUCCAGCAUGAGCUCCGGCACCUCCUACCUGGUGACAUCACGACUGCUCAGCUCCAGUGUCAGCACCACUGAGGGUAUCAUCUCUGCCAGCCACGCCCAGCAAGCAGAGGCCAGCCUACCUGCGGAAGAGGAGGAGAAAGAGGAGGAGGAGGAAGAGGAGGUGAAGGAGGAAGAGGAGGAGGAGGAGAAGGAGGAAGAGGGAGGAGAGGAGACAGAGGAGAAAAAGGAGGAGGAGGAAGAAGAAGAAGAAGUAGAGGGAGAUAAAGAGAAAGAAGAUGAAGAGGAGGCUAAAGAAGGAGAUGAAGAGGCUAAAGAAGGAGAUGAGGAGGCUAAGGAGGGAGAUGAGGAGGCUAAAGAGGGAGAAGAAGAGGAGGGAGAGAAAGAGGAAAAAGGAGAAGGAGAGGAAACUGAAGUGAAAGAAGAAGAAGCACAAGAGGAGGAGAAAACAGAAGGCGCUGACGACAAAGACGAGGACACGAAAGAGGAGGAAAAAAAGGAAGAGGAGGAAGAAGAAAAGAGUGAAGAGAAAGACGAUAAAAUCGAUGCCAAGGUAGAAGACAAAGCUGACGAUAAAGAUGACAAAGCUGCUCCUAAAACAGAUGACAAAGCUGACACCAAAAAGGAAAAAGAUGAAGGAAAAGCAGCCAAAGCUGAAGCUGUAGAAGAAAAGAACAAAGAAGACACAAAGGGUAAGAAGUAA